AUGGCUCAAGCCAUAGAUAUCUCUGGAAAUCAACUCAGUGGGGUCAUUCCAAAAUCUCUAGGAGACUGCAUAGCAUUAGAGCGUCUAAAUCUGUCCAACAACACUUUUGUAGGUCCAAUACCAGAUUCACUCUGCAAAUUAAAAAAUCUCCAAGAAAUGGAUCUUUCUUUUAAUAAUUUGUCAGGGAAGAUUGCAGAAGGAGGAUUGUUUCCAAAUAGAACUGUUGUAAUAUUGUUUAUGGGAAACCCCGGCCUAUGUGGCCCAAAAAAUUAUUCAUUGCCUCCAUGCUCAAAUCGGACAGAGGAAAAACAUCCCCUGCUUAAAAAAAUAGUGUUAUCAGUUGUUGGAACCAUUGUAUUUGUAUUAUGCUUGUUCAUCUUAGGAAUUCUAUGGAGGUAUAGACUUUCAAGGCAGCUAGUCGGUCCCUCAAUCUUUAUUUUUCGAAGGCUCAGCUAUCCAAAAUUUUCUUAUCAAGAUCUUGUGCUUGCAACAUCUGGAUUUGAUGAGUCAAACUUGCUUGGAGUGGGUAACUUUGGAUCUGUGUACAAAGGCAUCUUGAGGGAUGGUAGGAUAAUUGCCAUCAAGACUCUUCAUUUACAAAAUGAAGAAGCUCUUAAGGGUUUUAAGAGAGAGUGCAAAUUGUUAGGGAGGAUUCGGCACCGUAACGUCAUUACAAUCAUAAGUGCAUUCUUCUACCCUGAUUUGAAAGGUUUGGUUCUUGAAUUUGCAUGUAAUGGGAGCUUGGAAAGACAUUUGCAUCCUGACAGGGAUGAUGAUGAAGGCUUUUAUAAAUUGGGAUUGAGUGAGUGUUUAAGCAUUGCUGUAGAUGUAGCCCAUGGCUUGGAAUAUUUACAUCAUGAUUGUCCUCUGCAAAUUGUACACUGUGACUUAAAACCUAGCAAUGUGCUCUUGGAUGCCAACAUGACAGCCAUUGUCACUGAUUUUGGUAUUUCCCGUUUAACUACAAAAAAUUCCAUGGAUUCACUCAGUACAACAACAUUUGCACUUAAAGGAUCUAUUGGAUAUAUUGCUCCAGAAUAUGGACUGGGUGGAAAUGCCUCUAUUAGGGGAGAUGUUUAUAGCUAUGGAAUUCUGAUAUUAGAGAUGGUUACAAGGAAGAGGCCAAGUGAUGACAUGUUUGUGGGUGACAUGACCUUGCAAAAGUGGGUGAGCUCAGCUUUCCCAAACAGACUAGCAGAAAUUGUUGAUAGCGGGCUGAUAGUGGGUGAAAACAUGGAAGACAAUAAUUAUCUAAUUUCUUUCAUUCAUGUUGGUUUGCUUUGUAGUAGUGAAUCACCGAGAGAAAGACCUUCCAUAAGAGAUGUAGGCAAUGCCUUGGAGAGCCUCAAGACAUCUUUGGUGGGAGGUGCAGCUGGUUCCAAUUUUACAGCCACCAUAUCAGAACUCCUGGAGAAUACCAAUCCCACAAGAACAUUGGCAUCUGACAGCCAAAGUUCCUCGUUUUAG